UGGCAGCUAUGGACCGCUACCUCGAUUUUUGGAACCUGAUGGCGUACGAUUUCGCAGGCGCCUGGGACGCCACCUCUGGCCACCAAGCCAACAUCUACUCCUCCAGCACCGAUCCGUGCUGCACCCCCUUUUCUGCCGACGCCGCGGUGAAGGCGUACAUCGCCGGCGGCGGCUCACCGGUUUACUAUUGCUUCUGUUGCAUUCGAAGUGAAUGCUCCCACGACUCCACAGCCCCGCUCGCUCGGAGAAGUGUAUGGACGAACGUGGAUGUUGGAGAUAUACGAUGGAGAGAAUAUACGGGUUGAUCGUAUUGAGAUAGAUUGCUUGGAGAAGAGAAAGGGAAUCAGUACAAGAUGGGGAUAUGGUGAACUUUUCUGCGGUACCUAUUUUGUUUUCGGGUUUUGAUAGGGUGGAUCCAGUUUUUUUUCUUGAGGACGAGGAUGAUCCAGUUUUGUUUUUGUUUGGACGACGUUGAUCCACAUUAAGCGCAGCAGUGUCAGUAAAGAAUACAAGAGAGAGAAC